CAACUCUUCUCGGUUGCCUUCGACUAUGCUCCCAUCGCACAUUCAAUCUAUGGUAUGAGCUCAAUGCCUGACUCAUCAACCUCCCCGCGCUCACCCUCAGUACUAUCUGAGCGUCGGAAUUGGAGGAGGCUAUCAGGCUUAUCUACCUCCUCGGCCGCCCAGCAACCAGCCAACGGUCACUCCACCGCAAUCACAGAAGAAAUCAGCGAGAUCAAACGAUACGAGGAUUUUACAACUAUCGACUGGGUUCAGGAUGCGGUACACGAGCAAGCGCGACGGAGAGCGAAGCGGCGAGACGGGUUUGGUUUCUGGGAUCAAGAAGGCGCUUUUGGUUGGAGACGCAAAGUGCGCGAGUCCUACGACGCUGGACAAGCUUGGCUAGUUAUCACGAUCGUUGGCGCCGUGAUUGGGUUUAUCUCCGCCUUUUUAAACAUUAUCACCGAGUGGUUGUCGGAUAUCAAGCUAGGCCAUUGCACAACAGCAUUCUACCUCAAUGAAUCAUUCUGUUGCUGGGGCGCGGAGGGAGGCUGCCCCGAAUGGAAGACUUGGACUUCUUGGUGGCUCUUGAAUUAUGUCAUCUAUAUCUGCUAUGCUAUGCUAUUUGCCUUGAUUGCUGCGAGUCUGGUCAAAUCCUUCGCCCCUUAUGCCGCUGGUUCCGGUAUCUCCGAAAUAAAAUGCAUUAUAGCUGGUUUUGUUAUGAAGGGCUUCUUGGGUGCGUGGACGCUCUUGAUCAAGUCCAUUGCGUUGCCGUUGGCCAUCGCCUCCGGCCUCUCUGUGGGUAAAGAGGGGCCUAGUGUUCACUUUGCCGUGUGCGCGGGAAAUGUCAUCUCGCGGCUCUUUAGCAAAUAUAAACAAAGUGCUUCGAAGACCAGGGAGGUCUUGACGGCUACAGCCGCGGCUGGCGUGGCUGUCGCCUUUGGUAGUCCCAUUGGAGGAGUGCUUUUUUCCCUCGAGGAAAUGGCAUCAUAUUUCCCACUCAAAACCCUAUGGCGCAGCUAUUUUUGUGCCUUGGUAGCGACCGGCGUGUUGGCGGCGAUGAACCCUUUCAGGACUGGACAGCUGGUUAUGUUCCAGGUCCAAUACGACCGUACCUGGCAUUUCUUCGAGUUGAUAUUUUUUAUUUUUCUUGGUGUGUUUGGUGGAUUGUACGGUGCCUUUGUGAUCAAGUGGAACCUUAGGGUCCAAGCAUUCCGGAAGAAAUAUCUCUCCCAACAUGCUGUUAUGGAAUCGGUGAUCCUAGCAGCGAUAACGGCUGUGCUAUGCUAUCCGAACAUGUUCUUGAAGAUUAACAUGACAGAGAUGAUGGAGAUCUUGUUCCGCGAGUGUGAAGGCGGUCAUGACUAUCAUGGUCUUUGCGAGUCCAAAAACCGGUGGCCUUUGGUUGGGUCGCUCGCCAUCGCGACAAUUCUCCGUAUAUUCCUGGUCAUCAUAUCCUACGGUUGCAAAGUACCUGCGGGAAUAUUCGUACCGUCGAUGGCGAUCGGAGCAUCGUUUGGCCGUUUGGUUGGGGUCCUUGUCCAGGCGUUGCACGAGCAUUUCCCUGAUUCGGCAUUUUUCGCGGCCUGUGAACCGGAUGUGCCAUGUAUUACUCCAGGAACCUAUGCGUUUUUAGGCGCAGGAGCAGCUUUGAGUGGCAUCAUGCAUUUGACCAUCUCAGUCACGGUCAUUAUGUUUGAAUUGACCGGAGCAUUGACUUAUAUCCUCCCUACCAUGAUCGUGGUAGGAGUCACAAAAGCCGUCAGUAGCCGCUUUGGCAAUGGUGGCAUCGCGGACCGAAUGAUCUGGUCCAAUGGUUUUCCUUUCCUUGAUAAUAAGGAAGACCAUGUCUUCAACGUCCCCGUGUCGCACGCGAUGACGGCCGACCCCGUCACGCUUCCUGCAUCCGAUUUUCCAGUUCGCGAAGCAGAGCACCUUCUGAGCGACAAUAAAUUCCAAGGCUUCCCCAUUGUCGACAACCGAACGAAGAAGACACUUGUCGGGUACAUUGGUCGCACGGAACUACGGUACGCCAUUGACCGUGCCAGGGCGGAAGGCAUUCUCUCGCCCAAUGCCCGAUGUGUGUUCACCAAAGAAGCUGCUGAAGCUUCAGUAGCACGCAGAGCGUCUUCUUCCUCGCCACAUCACCUGGCUCCUGAUACCUUUGAUGCUAUCCAACAGAGCGUCGGUUCCAGCUUCGUGGACUUCAGCAGAUACGCGGACCACACGCCGCUGACGGUGCACCCGCGUCUCCCCCUUGAGACCGUGAUCGAAAUCUUCAAGAAGAUUGGACCUCGCGUCAUCCUCGUGGAGCACCGUGGCCGCUUAACCGGCCUUGUCACUGUCAAAGACUGUCUUAAGUACCAGUUCAAGGUUGAAGCUCAGGAACACGCACUUGCCGCGACCCAGGCUUCGGAUGGCCCACUGGGAGACCAGGCGAGUGCUAGAUCCGGCGACACGCUAGAGGAGCGCGUGUGGAACUUCAUACAACGAGUGGGCUCCAAGUUACCCCGUUGGCGGCCAGCGGGUCGAGUCGCCUUGUCCGAUCGCCACGAAGGAAGGGGCAUAUCCACCGGUACUGAUGACGAAAACGACAGGCUGAUGGAAUUAGAAGAACGACAAUAGUGAUAUCCCUGCCCAUGUUUAUAUGUAUAUGUAUAUAGAUAUAGAACUUGUAUGAUUCAAAUCGUUCUGAAUUUUAGAAUAACAUAAAUCAUAUACCCUUAGCAUUAGUACCCAGAACUCCAUCCUACAGCCAAACAAUCACAUAAACCCAUCUAACCAAUCUAUACUAACACUGAUACAAACACACAUACUCUACAAUAACCAUCUACCCCAAUCCAAUUACCACAAGUAACAAACCAAAAGAAAGCCCAAGAGAAAGAAAACUAGUUAUCCCUCAUCCCAACCAAAACACACCCACC